CUCAACAUACAGGAUUAAACCAAAAUAAAAUAAUAGAAUUAAAUAAUAAAUUAGAUAGUAAUAAAAAAUUAAAUAAAAAUAAUGACUUAAAUGAGUAUAAAAAACUAGAUAUAUGUGAUGAAUUAAAUGAAUAUAAUGAAUUAGAUAUAUGUAAAGAAUUAAAUGAAUAUAAUAAAUUAGAUAUAAAUAAUGAGGAAUUAAAUUAUGAAGCAUUAGAUGAAUUGAAAAAGUUGGAAUUAGAGCAAGAACAGAUAGUUAGUAUAGAUGAAUUAGUUCAAAAUAUUGAAG